AUGGUCAACUCUUGUUGUGGUUCCGUCUGCUCUGACCAGGGUUGUGGCCAAGACUUAUGUCACGAGGACUGCUGCCGCCCAAUCUGCCAGACCACCUGCCGGCCCAGCUGUGGUGUGUCCAGUUGCUGCCGCCCAAUCUGCCAGACCACCUGCCGACCUAGCUGUGGAGUGUCCAUCUGUUCCCGCCCAGUCUGCCAGACCACCUGCCGUCCCAGCUGUGGUGUGUCCAGCUGCUGCCGCCCAGUCUGCCAGACCACCUGCCGUCCCAGCUGUGGUGUGUCCAGCUGCUGCCGCCCAGUCUGCCAGACCACCUGCCGUCCCAGCUGUGGUGUGUCCAUCUGUUCCCGCCCAGUCUGCCAGACUACCUGCCGUCCCAGCUGUGGUGUGUCCAGCUGCUGCCGCCCAAUCUGUCAGACCACCUGCCAACCCAGUGUCUCCAUCUUGUCCCGCCCAGUCUUGCAGACCACCUGCUGUGGUACACCUUGCUGCCGCCCCAGCUGCUGA